ACCCCCCUUGUCAUCCACGAGCUGUAUGGUUUUUUCUAUCUUCUAUCUUCCGUAGGCCCCGUCAUAUAUCUCUACACGUAGCUGACACGUCGAGCAGUGCGCCAUUCAAGGUAAACGGAGCCAAUCCCAGCUUUGGAAGCUCUCCAGCGCCUUACUGACAGUCUGACACAAUGCAGCCUGCUUGACCAAGAACUCGUACAAAGAAGAGAAGUGCCAGUCUCAGAUAAAUGCGCUGUAUGAGUGUUGUAAUGCUUUUUACAAGGAACAGGGAGAAGAUGCGAAGACUCCGAGCUGUCCCAAACCCAGCCUACUUAAGGUGAAGAUGAGGCAACGCGGUCUGGCCAGUUGAAAAUUCGAUAGGCCAUGGUGUGUACACUAUAUUAUACUGUGCUGUAAAUAACUAUACGAUUCACGCAUCUAUCAUGUAAAUUAGCAAUGAGGCGAUGUGACAAUUCCCUUGCAGUCUGAACCCUCAUUCAAAUAAGAGCUAGUAUUAUGAGAACUGCCAGAUUGUUCUAAGACAAUCUUGAGCACGCUAGAGGUCCUUCCAGGACCUGAGCGAACAUUGAAAAAGUUCGUUCCGAGACUCUAAUGAUUGCCUAUAAGACAUUUGAUGAAGAAGAGAAGAAGAAAAAGAGAGAAGAGCAAAAAAGCGGGAGAGAAAUUUUAUGCUGCUCACCAGACACUAGUCCUCAUCGGGACUAGCCUGCUUGCGAGCUAACACCGCGUAACUCCAGGGACUGGGGAUCUUAGGUUUACAAAAACACAGCGAGAACUCGCGACAGCAGAGCUCUCUGCUUUCCACUUCUCUAACGCAAAUGGCGCCUUUCAAUCGACCUGUGGACUCGGAAAUGGGUGAUCCGGGUUUUACAUAUACAAACGGUGCUCUGCGACCGACCUCGAACGAUCCAGAAAUCAUUGAGAUCAACGAUGACGACAAUGAAGACGAGGUAGAUGGAGAAUCCAUCGAAGAUGGUGAAGACAACAUGGAUGAGGAUGAGCAUGAAGGUGAAGAAGACGUAGAUGACGAAGAUGAAGAGGAAGAAGAAAGUGAAGAAGAAACUGAGGAUGAUAACGAGCCAUCCUUAAACGGACAUUCGGGAAGGGUCAACGGCACUGGAUCUGCGCUGGGGAUAGCCAGCUCGGACUUUGGUGAAAGUGAUCAAGAGGCAGCUACACCUGAACUAUUUACGUCGGUCGGCGCGAAGCAAGCUCUGCACCCACUUCGCCGUACUGCGAACCGCGUGACGCGCCAAAUCGAAGAGUUUGCAGAGAAACUCGACCGAUUCAAACACAAAGGAAACCGUCCCGAUGAUUUUGGUCGCUUUCAGGCUGCUUAUCAUCUUAUAAGCAGCUACCAUUCCCUAGCUAAGGAUGCGAUCCAGGACGUUGCAAAAGAACAGACUUUAAAGCGGGCUAGGGCCGGUUGGAGUACUAGUCGAAGCAAUUCACUCGAGCCAUCUGACACCGUCCGCGAUUCCAAGACACUGGAGGAUAUGAAGCGCUUGCAGCUGGAGGCCGAUACUUGGCGAUUACUGUCAAAUUUGAUUAGCAUUGACGGCCCUCACGCUCGAACCCAUGCUAAGCACACACAAGAGACCUGUUUCCAGAAACUACACCGGUACUCUUCAGACCGCGAAAUUUGGGAGCAAUUUAUUGAUGCGGACCAUUAUGCCCUGGAAUGUGUGAUUGCCAUGAAGUGGUUGGAACAAACAGCAAAAACCUCCAGUCAGGAUGUCGACACGCUGAUAUCGGAACUAGAGACCCAGGCCGAGAGAGGACAGGGACUCUGGGCACAUGGGUGGCUAUAUACCAAAGAGAUCAUUAAGGGUCAGAAGCGACUGCGGGCUUGGCCUCGACCCCUUGAGCCAAAAGAUCCAGGAGUUGCACUUUCCCUUUUGACAUCCGAGAAGCAGGAGCCUUUGAUUACGCAGUUGGACCCGGAUGCCAUCGUCAGACAGAAAUUGGGCUUACAGAAGCAAGAUCAAUUCCAUGAGAGGGCUACCUGGCUGAUGUGCUGGAAGAUGAUAAGACAAGGAGAGAGCUGGACGGCUAUUCGGGAGUGGGCACAAGCGCGCUUGGAAAACUGGCGAGCUGUUAGCUUAUGCGGUUCGAGCGUUGACCCUAGCUCUGCCACUGGAAAGACGCCUGUCGAUGAUGGAAUGACGCGUAUGAUGAACUUUCGAUCACAAGAUUCCUGGCGAGCUGCUUGCUCGGCUCUGGCUCGGGACCCUACCACGGAAGAGUGUGAACGCGCCGUAUAUGCAUUGCUUUGCGGCGAGACCGAGCCUGCUUUUAAAGUCUGUCGAAGCUGGGACGAUUAUCUUUAUGUUCAUUUGAACAGUGUUGUUCUCUCCCGCUACCAAGGCUUCUGCAAGCAGUUUCAGCGGAAGCUGAACCUGGUGUCUAACUCUCCCGUCGUCUAUAACCCGGAUCCUCCUGGGUAUGCCGCCUUGCAAAAGUUCCUGCAAUAUGUAAAGAGUGGCCAGCGGAUUGGAGUCGAGGCACGCAAUCCCUAUCGCACAAUCCAAGGCGCCAUUCUGAGCAAGAGUUACGAUGACUUUUUCCAUUCUUUAGCGAAGGCAGUUUCCAAAGCUGCUAAGAUCGGCCCUGAACAGUGUACAUACAUGCCAGACCUAUCGCCCGGGGAAGUCGACGAUUCGAUGCUCAUUGUUGCUCAGGAUAAAGAUGCCUUGAGGAUUGCAACCCACAUUUAUGUCGCUUCUAAUUUCCUGGGCUACUCUCGUUCGGAUAGUCAAUUUGUCGAAACCGCAUCGGUGAGCAUCAUUGGGUAUAUUGCCAAUCUCGAGGACGCAGGACUUUAUGAUACUAUCCCGUCAUAUGCCUCUCUUCUCCCAGCAGAUACGGCCACGCUUGUCCUCGGUCAAAUUCUGAUCGACAUUGUGCCUUCGAAAGAGAGAAGGAGACAGGUCAGGCUCAUUCAAAAGCACAACAUCAAUAUUGAAGCUGUCCUCGAUAGCCAGUGGCAAUGGGUGUGUGCGAACGUUCCUACGGUAGAACACCCAAGGACUAUCAAAACUUACCCCAAGGUUGUUACGAGGAAGGAUGGAAUUCGAGAAUUGGCACCGCCAAAGAAGGACCUAAUCGGGACAUUUAUAUCCCUUGAAGACGAGCAAAUGAUCCGCAGUUUUGAGUGGCUUCGAUACAUUGAUGGUCAAUGGUCCAAGAUAUGCCAACGUGGUAAACUAUUGUAUCGGAGAUUUUAUGUUGCUGGCAAUCUGGCUGCGGCUCGGGAGUUAUGCAGGCGCAUGAGCGUAACUGAUAUCUCAUUGGAAGCGUUUGGAUUCGAUGUUGUAGAAUUUCCUGCUGCUGGUGAGAGUGUUGUAGGGGAAAAUCCAGCCGAAAUCGCCAGUCCUUCAAGUGGAGCGCCGACUGAGCGCGGCCCGGGUCUCAUGGCCCAACAGUCUCAGCCUAUGCGUGACUUGGAGCAAUUGACUCUUGGACUAGAUGCGGUGGAGGGGUUUACGAUUGCUUGGGAAGAAUAUGAUAAUGGCAGGCGCAGGCGGGACUCCGUCGCGGUGAGGGAGCUUAAGAAAAAGCUGCAAGAGGCUAUGGAUGAUCUCUCGGAGCAUAUGAUGAAUGGUGUGCUAGGGGAAGGAUGGCUGCCUCCGUCGGAGGAUAGCUCUGAAGAGGAAGAACUAGAGUACAUUAGGGUCACCUAUGUGCCUGAACUCAUCCUCGACUACCAUAGCGCACUGUAUUACUGCGCCCACACGCUUUCGAGCGAUUUCUUAGUGAAAUGCAUGGAUCUCGCCAAGGACGUGGCAGACAACGAAGAGCUGACGCGGAUCUUCGUGGCUGCGCGGCGAAUGGCCGAGUUGGUGGACUCUCUGGCCUUGUCUAGCAAGGCGAUUGUCAACACGAAGGCGAAAAACAAGAAGAGGUUUCCCAAUGGGGAGUCGCUGGAGAUUUGGGAUGUUCACGUUGAUGAAGACGAAACCGGCGAGCUAUUUGAAACGAAGACCCAUUGAGACCGGGCGUCUUUCCUGGGCAGUUUGUACAGCACCCAAUCCAAGCUAAGGAUGACCCUGGUUCUGUG